AUGAAAGCGAUCCUGUCCAAUGAGUACAGGAUCUUCACCCGCAGCACAGACUACGAUCGGACGCUGAUGAGUGCGGAGGCCAAUCUGGCAGGCCUGUAUCCCCCAGAGGGACAAGAGAUGUUCAACCCUAACAUUUCCUGGCAGCCUAUCCCUGUGCACACAGUGCCCGAGUCCGAGGAAAGGCUACUGAAGUUUCCUUUGACCCGCUGUCCACGGUAUGAACAGCUGCAGAAUGAAACGCGGCACUCAGCAGAAUACGUAAAUAAAACCAAAGAGAAUUGGCAAUUCCUGCAGAUGGUGGCAAAUGAGACUGGGAUCCGGGAUGUCUCUCUCGAGUAUGUUUGGAGUGUGUAUGACACACUGUUCUGUGAACAAGUACACAAAAUGGAUUUGCCUGUCUGGGUGACACCAGCUGUCAUGACUCAAUUGAAGCAACUAAAAGACUUUGGUUUUGAAUUUCUGUUUGGGAUCCACAAUCGGGUAGAAAAAGCUCGUCUGCAAGGCGGGGUCCUGCUGGAUCAUAUAAGGAAGAAUCUAACCAAAGCAGCAAAUCUAUCUGCCCACCAAAACCUGAAACUACUUGCUUAUUCAGCGCAUGACACCACACUUGUGGCACUGCAGAUGGCUCUAGAUGUCUACAACAAGAUUCAAGCACCAUACGCCUCAUGUCAUUUAUUUGAGCUGUACCAAGAGGAUGAUGGUAACUUCUCUGUGGAGAUGUUUUUCCGGAAUGAGAGUGGGAAGGAACCUUUCCCACUGACAAUCCCUGGCUGUCAGCAGAAAUGCCCACUGCAAAGAUUCUUGGAACUCACAGAUCCUGUUGUUCCCCAAGACUGGGAGCGAGAAUGCCAGGUAGCAAGCAGCAUGCACGACACAGAACUGUUUGUGGGUCUGGCUGUGUGUGGAUCCAUUCUCCUUCUCCUUACAAUCCUCCUCUUGACUGUUCUCUUCCGCAUACAGUCUCAGCCCCCCGGCUACCGGCAUGUUUCCAACGAGGGAGAAGAGCAGGCCUGACAGUUGCCUCAACUCCUCCCCAGGUGGUAGGAGGGAGCAGCGUUGCCCUUAAGGAUGAUUGGGCACCUUCGGUUACUGAGCGUUCUUCUGCUUUGGCCACUGCUUCCCAGGAUGAAGCUGGACUUGAUUUUUGGAUGCUUUCUAAAGGUGAUGUCCCAGCAAGAGAGGACUGAGAUGCUCUAAUGGAAAUGACACCUUAAUUCUGAAGCCAGUACACUGUGUGGUGCCCCCAGUCCUCAUACAGCGUACCUAGUCUGGGAUUCCCAACAUGGCCAGUUGGAGCUGGUCAAAAAUUUUCCUCCUUUCAGUGAUUGUAAAUGCUACCACUCCCCAUGACUGUCACAGAGGAACUUGGGCCUUCAGCAGCUGCCACAUCCAGUGCAGUCAGGAGCUGCAUCCCUCUUCAGGGCCAACCUGCUUUGAGUGCUUUUCUCUCA